AAUCGCCGCCGGGUUUGGGGCGGGGUGUGCGCCGGGCUGGCGCCCGACCCCAGCCGCCGUCCUGCGGGCAGCACACUCCCCAACUCGCUGCCCGAAGACUCCCACGCUCCAUCGAGUUCGAAAAUGUCCAGAAAUGACAAAGAGCCGUUUUUUGUGAAGUUUUUAAAGUCUUCAGACAAUUCCGAAUGUUUUUUUAAAGCUCUUGAGUCAAUAAAAGAAUUUCAAUCAGAAGAGUAUCUUCAGAUUAUUACAGAAGAAGAGGCAUUGAAGAUAAAGGAGAAUGAUAGAUCACUUUAUAUCUGUGACCCUUUUAGUGGUGUUGUCUUUGAUCACCUUAAAAAGCUUGGCUGCAGAAUUGUUGGUCCUCAAGUAGUCAUAUUUUGUAUACACCACCAGCAAUGUGUCCCAAGAGCUGAACAUCCAGUUUAUAAUUUGGUUAUGUCUGAUGUAACUGUAUCUUGUACAAGCCUGGAAAGAGACAAAAGGGAAGAAGUUCAUAAAUAUGUACAAAUGAUGGGCGGACGAGUAUGCAGAGACCUUAAUAUAACAGUAACUCACCUUAUUGCAGGAGAAGUUGGUAGCAAAAAAUAUUUAGUUGCUGCAAACCUAAAGAAACCUAUUUUGCUUCCUUCUUGGAUAAAAACACUUUGGGAGAAGUCACAAGAGAACAAAAUAGCUAGCUACAUUGAUAUAAACAUGGAAGACUUCAAGUGUCCUGUCUUUCUUGGUUGCGUAAUCUGUGUGACUGGCGUGUGUGGUUCAGAAAGGAAGUCAAUUCAGCAACUCACAGUUAAGCAUGGAGGUCAAUACGUGGGACAACUGAAAAUGAAUGAAUGUACACACCUCAUUGUACAAGAACCAAAAGGUCAGAAAUAUGAAUGUGCGAAGAGAUGGAAUGUACAGUGUGUGACCACACAAUGGUUUUUUGACAGUGUUGACAAAGGUUUUUGUCAGGAUGAAUCCAUAUACAAGACAGAACCUAGACCACAAGCAAAGACUGUGCCUGAUACUUCAACUCCUACUGGCCAGAUCAGCACAAUUGAUAGUCGUACUCUUUCAGAUGUCAGCCAUAUUUCCAACAUAAAUGCAAGUUGCAUAAAUGAAUCGAUAUGUAAUUCAGUUCUUAAUAGCAAAUUGGAGUCUACACUUGAAAACUUAGAAAAUCUGGAUACCAGUACAUUUCAAGCACCUGAAGAUUUAUUAGAUGGUUGUCGGAUUUAUCUUUGCGGUUUUAGUGGCAGAAAGCUAGAUAAACUGAGAAGGCUUAUUAACAGUGGAGGUGGAGUUCGUUUUAAUCAACUUAACGAAGAUGUAACUCAUGUUAUUGUGGGAGAUUAUGAUGAUGAAUUGAAGGAGUUUUGGAAUAAAUCGGCCCACAGGCCUCAUGUAGUGGGAGCAAAGUGGUUGCUGGAGUGUUUUAGUAAAGGCUAUAUGCUUCCCGAAGAACCAUAUAUCCAUGCUAACUACCAGCCAAUGGAAAUUCCAGUUUCAGAUAAACCUGAAAGUAAAAUAGCUCUAUUAAAAAAAAACAACAGCAGUGUCUCUAAGAAGGACUUUGCUCCCAAUGAAAAACAUGAGCAAGCUGAUGAAGAUCUGCUUUCUCAAUAUGUAAAUAAUAACUCCACUGUAGUUGAAGCUAAGAAGUCUGAAGGUGUGAAGUCUGAAGUUGUGCCCUGUAAUGGUUCUGCUCAUAUUGAACCCUUUAAUGAUUCUAAUCACAUUUCUCUGCAAGAAGAAAACCAGUCUUCUGUCAGUCAUUGCCUCCCGGACAUUUCUACAGUUACUGAAGAAGGCUUAUUUAGCCAAAAGAGUUUCCUUGUUUUAGGUUUUAGAAAUGAAAAUGAAUCUAAUAUUGCAAACAUCAUAAGAGAAAAUGCUGGAAAAGUUGUAUCCCUUCCAAGCAGAAGUAUUGCUGACUAUGCUGUUGUUCCUUUGCUGGGGUGUGAGGUAGAAGCAACUGUGGGAGAAGUUGUUACAAAUACAUGGCUGGUUACUUGUAUAGACUAUCAGACUUUAGUUGAUCCAAAGUCAAAUCCUCUCUUCACACCAGUCCCAGUAAUGACAGGAACGACUCCGCUAGAGGAUUGUGUUAUUUCAUUCAGCCAGUGUGCCGGAGCAGAAAAAGAUUCUUUGAUAUUCUUAGCAAAUCACCUUGGAGCAUGUGUUCAAGAAUUCUUUGUUCGCAAAUCCAAUGCAAAGAAAGGCAUGUUGGCCAGUACACAUCUUGUAUUGAAAGAACCAGGUGGUUCUAAAUAUGAAGCUUCAAAGAAAUGGAAUUUACCAGCAGUCACUAUAGCUUGGCUAUUGGAGACUGCUAGAAUGGGAAAGAGAGCAGAUGAAAGCCAUUUUCUGAUUGAAAACUCACCUAAAGAAGAAUUUAAUUUGGAAACUGAAAUAACAAAUGGGGUGAAUCUAAAUCCAGAUACUCCAGAGCAUCCUGGCAUACACCUGAAAACACAUAGAAAAACAGCCGUUUCACCUUUAGAUAUGAACUGCUUUCAGAGUAAAGCUUUCCAUGCUGUGAUCUCACAACAUGCCGGACAGGUUUCAGCCUCCCCAGCAGUAGGACAGCCACUUCAGAAGGAGCCCUCAUUACACCUAGAUACACCGUCAAAAUUUCUGUCCAAGGAUAAACUCUUCAAGCCUUCUUUUGAUGUGAAGGAUGCACUUGCAGCCUUGGAAACUCCAGGAGGUGCCGGCCAACCGAGAAGGAAACUGAGUACACCACUCUCAGAAGUCAUUGUCAGAAACUUGAAACUUGCUUUGGCAAAUAGCUCCCGGAAUGCUGCUGCUCUUUCUGCCAGCCCUCAACUGAAGGAUGCCCAAUCAGGGAAGGAAGAAGCUCCAAAGCCACUUCAAAAGAUGGUGGUAUGUGUUAGUAAAAAACUCAGUAAGAAGCAGAGUGAACUAAAUGGGAUUGCAGCCUCUCUAGGAGCAGAUUACAGGUGGAGUUUCGAUGAAACAGUGACUCAUUUCAUCUAUCAAGGGCGGCCAAAUGACACUAAUCGAGAGUAUAAAUCUGUAAAAGAAAGAGGAGUACAUAUUGUUUCAGAGUACUGGCUUUUAGAUUGUGCUCAAGAGUAUAAACAUCUUCCUGAAUCUCUUUAUCCACAUACUUAUAAUCCCAAAAUGAGCCUGGAUAUCAGUGCAGUGCAAGAUGAUAGACUAUGUAAUCGUCGACCACUGUCAGCUGGUUCUACAACAAAGGAUGAUGAGCCAGAUCAUUUGCCAUUAGAAGAAAGUGAUAUAGACAAUAUCACCAUCAGUAAUAAAGAAUCAGCACCAUCAAAUGAAAAUAGAGGGAAUGAUUCUAAAGGAGCCCUGACACAGACCUUGGAGAUGAGAGAGAACUUCCAAAAGCAGCUGCAGGAGAUAAUGUCUGCAACAUCAAUAGUGAAGCCCCAAGGGCUGAGGACUUCCCUUUCAAGAAGUGGAUGUAACAGUGCCUCUUCAACCCCUGAUAGCACUCGCUCUGCUCGCAGUGGACGAAGCAGAGUCCUAGAAGCACUGAGGCAGUCUCGUCAGACAGUACCUGAUGUCAACACAGAGCCCUCCCAAAAUGAACAGAUCAUUUGGGAUGACCCUACUGCAAGAGAAGAGAGAGCAAGGCUGGCCAGCAAUUUGCAGUGGCCUAGUUGUCCCACACAAUACUCUGAGCUUCAGGUUGACCUUAAAAAAUUGGAGGACUCUCCUUUCCAAGAGACUUUACGUGAUUCAGAAAUUGCCGAACAGGCUGUCUGUGAUCCUGGAAACGUAUGUGUGUCUGAAGCCCCCAAACACCUGAUCUCUGAAGAACUGGAAACUCCAGUAAAAGACAGCCACCUGAUCCCUACGCCUCAAGCCCCCAGUAUUGCCUUCCCCCUAGCCAACCCACCUGUGGCUCCACACCCUAGAGAAAAGAUUAUAACAACAGAGGAAACUCAUGAAGAAUCAAAAAAACAGUACAUAUUUCAGUUGUCAUCUCUGAAUCCUCAAGAACGUAUUGAUUAUUGUCAUCUGAUUGAGAAACUAGGUGGAUUAGUGAUAGAGAAGCAGUGCUUUGAUCCCAACUGUACACACAUUGUUGUGGGACAACCACUUCGAAAUGAGAAAUAUUUAGCCUCAGUGGCAGCUGGGAAGUGGGUGCUUCAUCGCUCCUACCUUGAAGCAUGCAGGACUGCUGGACACUUUGUGCAGGAAGAAGACUAUGAAUGGGGAAGUAGUUCCAUACUUGAUGUUUUGACUGGAAUCAGUAUACAGCAACGAAGACUAGCACUUGCAGCAAUGAGAUGGAGGAAAAAAAUCCAGCAAAGACAAGAGUCAGGCAUUAUUGAGGGGGCAUUUAGCGGGUGGAAGGUUAUUUUACAUGUUGAUCAGUCCCGAGAAGCAGGGUUCAAACGCCUUCUUCAGUCAGGAGGAGCAAAGGUGCUACCUGGUCAUUCUGUACCUUUAUUUAAAGAGGCCACUCAUCUCUUUUCUGACUUUAAUAAACUGAAACCAGAUGACUCAGGAUUUAACGUAGCAGAAGCUGCUGCCCAGAAUGUGUACUGCCUGAAAACGGAAUACAUUGCUGAUUAUCUUAUGCAGGAAUCCCUUCCUUGUGUAGAAAAUUACUGUCUACCAGAAGCUGUUUCAUUUCUUCAGAAUAAUAAGGAAGCUGGGUCUGGAUUAUCACAGAAGAGGAAAACUUCUACAGAGAAAAAUAAAAUCAAACGACCUAGAGUAAACUAAGUUAUAUCUAUUCUUUAGUUACCAAACAGUAAAUGUUUUUUAAAUUAAAAGCCUGCCUGAAUGUUACUGUGAUGGAUUUCUGUAGUAAUUUAGAAACAAAUACCUGAAGAAUUUUGUUUCAGAGUGUAAUGAUGACCCCGCUUGAAGUUUUUAACACCUGAGAUUUAAUCACUGAAAUAUUAACUGUUUCUUAAUAAAAAAUCUGAAACCUACCUGAAAUAACAAAAUUCAACCCCUUAGCUAGCUUGUUAAACCACAUUAAAGUGUGUAAGGUGCUUUUUGUUUAUUUUUCUUGUAAAUCUGAGGCUGUAGCUUAGCGGAAGUUUUAGCAAGGUGAUAGGUUUUGCUUUAAAAUGUCUGCCUUUAAUGCAUAACAAGAGUUGUCAAUUAGGAUUUAUUCAUGUUUUCCCUGAUUUUUAUCUUCUUGCCAUUUUACCUCUUUUUAACAGGAGCCUGAGUACAAGAUUUAAUGAGAAAACUUAAAAGUGUGUAUCUUAAAAGUGUGUAUAUAUGUAUAUGUAUGCUUGUAUAAAUCUCCAUGAUGUUUGCCAAGUUUGGGUGUCAAAACUUGGAAAAUAUGACAAUAAAGAAUAAAAGUAGUA